AUGCCAGCCCUGAAAGGCGCCACUGUGCCAAUUUACUUUGGCUCAUUUAUCGUCACGCCACAGGUCUUCCUCCAAACACCCCUCACCUUCGCCCUAGUAAAUCUCAAACCGAUCCUCCCAGGUCACGUCCUCGUCUCCCCACGACGCGUCGUCCCCCGCGUCGCAGACCUAACACCCGCCGAAACAAGCGAUCUCUUCCUCACAGUGCGCCGAGUCGGCCGCAUGGUUGAGCGCGUAUAUGGUGCCUCGAGUUUAAAUAUCGCCGUGCAGGACGGCGUGCAUGCUGGCCAGAGUGUACCGCAUGUACACGCACACGUCAUUCCUCGCAAAGUGGCGGAUUUGGAUCAUCGCGGUGGUACAGAUGCGGUGUAUGAUUUGCUUGAUGGGGAGGAAGGGGAUUUGGGGAAGACAUAUAGAGAUGCUGAGGCCGGGACUCACGCUGACGGGGUAGUGAAGACUAAUGAGGCGGCUUCGAGGUCUGGGAGGAGGUCUGGAUUCCCUGCUGUUGAUAAUGAGGGGCGGAAGCCUAGGAGUGAGGAGGAGAUGAGGGUUGAGGCUGAGAUGUUGGCUAGGGAGAUGGAGAAUGAGCCGAUUGAUUGA